AGAGAGAGAAGAAAAAGAAGAAGAAGAAGAAGAAGAAGAAGAAGAGAGAUGGAUAGAGAGGAAGAAUAUGUAAAGUUAAAAGAGAGAUCAUUAGAGAUAACACCAUCAUGGGCAGUAGCAGUGGUGGUGUUUGUGAUACUUGCCAUUUCAAUUGCUCUUGAAUACAUCCUUCAUCUCAUUGGCCAUUGGUUACAUAAAAAACACAAGCCAGCACUCUAUGAAGCACUUGAAAAGAUCAAAGCAGAGUUGAUGCUUCUGGGAUUCAUAUCAUUGCUACUAACAGUUGGUCAAGGAACAAUUGCUGAUAUAUGUAUCCCAAGUAAAGUUGCAAGAACAUGGCACCCUUGUAAUAAAAAAACUGCCGACGAUGCAUACGACGAUCCUUGUCUUAAAAAGGGAAAGGUGCAAAUGGUGUCAAAUUAUGGGAUACACCAACUCCACAUAUUCAUUUUUGUGUUGGCUGUUUUUCAUGUCUUGUAUUGCAUUCUUACACUGAUUUUGGGAAGGAUCAAGAUGAAAAAGUGGAAGGCUUGGGAGGAUGAAACAAAGACGGUUGAAUACCAGUACCAUAAUGAUCCAGAAAGAUUCAGGUUUGCAAGAGAGACAACAUUUGGACGCCGACAUUUGAGAUUUUGGAGCGACUCGACUCUUCUCUUAUGGAUCGGUUGUUUUUUCAGACAAUUUUUCACAUCAGUCGCAAAGGUUGAUUACCUUACCCUUAGACAUGGAUUCAUCAACGCACAUUUAACUCCCGAGAGUACACAACGGUUUGAUUUCCACAAAUACAUCAGUAGAUCGCUUGAAGAAGAUUUCAAAGUUGUCGUUGGAAUAAGUCCUACUGUAUGGUUCUUUGCUGUUUUGCUUCUUCUCACCAACACCCAUGAUUGGUAUGCAUACCUUUGGCUGCCCUUCAUCCCAUUGAUUAUAAUACUUUUGGUGGGAGCAAAGCUACAAGUGGUGAUAACGAAGAUGGGGCGGAGGACUCAUGAAAUGGCUGAUGUGGUGAAGGGUACACCGAUGGUUCAACCAGGGGACGACCUCUUCUGGUUCGGUCGACCCCAGCUCAUACUCCUCUUGAUCAACUUUGUUCUCUUUCAGAACGCGUUUCAACUGGCGUUUUUCAUGUGGAGUUGGUAUACAUUCGGCUUGCGGUCUUGCUUCCACCAUCGCAUUGAAGACAUUGUCAUCAGGAUCACAAUGGGGGUAGUGAUACAAUUCCUGUGCAGUUACGUGACACUCCCUUUAUACGCGUUGGUAACACAGAUGGGUACACGAAUGAAACCAACAAUUUUCAGUGACCAUGUAGCAAAAGCACUAAAAACUUGGCACCACACAGCCAAAAAGAACAUCAAGCAUGGCAACCAUUCAGCCCCAACUUCACCAUUCUCAAGCAGACCUGGAACCCCACUCCAUGGAAGCACAUCUCCAAUGUAUCUCUUGCACAGAUACCCAAAAGAUAGUCUUGAGAGCCCUUCCAAUUCUCCAAGAGGCUCGAAUUUCGAGCACGAAGGUUGGGCCAACGAGUCUCCUUCGAACCACAGGCAUAACCAUCGAGAAGAUGGGGACGUUGGAAGAGACGACAUACACGAUCUUGAAGAAAACGAAAUUCAAGCACCACAGUCGAGCUCGAUUGAAUUGCCAACAGGACCACGGCCAGUGAGGACCCAACAUGAGGUUGAUAUUACGGACUUUUCGUUCGGCCCAGGUAAAUAAGUAGCGUGUAUAUCGAAGAAUGCGUUGUCCAUAACUACAACUAAUCGAUCAAGAUGUACCGAUUCCCUAUAUGCUCUACAGUAUAUACGUGUAUGACUACGAUUUAUUGAACAUCCGGGUUUCAACCCAAAAUAUUGAAGGAACUCGCUAUCAUUGCACUUGUAUAC